AUGAACUUGAUAUCAGAAUCCAUAAUAAAACGUUUAGGGGUGUGCAGUGUCGCCUGUGCCUUGCCGAUCAACACUGUUAACGACACGCAGUUCGAAUCUAAAGGUUUAGUAUCGAUUCACAUUCGAUCCAUCCACGACGAAUUUAGUAAGAGCCUAGCAUGUUUAGUUGUCCCAACAAUAACCAAUUUAAUCCCGACAGAACCCUUUCCUCGCAACUCAAUUAAGAUACCAGCAAAUAUCAGAUUAGCGGAUCCAGACUUCCAUCUUCCUCGCCCGGUAGACUUAUUAAUCGGUGCCGGCGCGACGAUGUCAUUAUUUUCGAUUGGUCAGAUUAAUUUAUCACGUGAGGAUCACGAUUUAAUCUUACAAAAAACGCGCUUAGGGUGGAUACUUGCCGGUAGCACAAUCCAAGAAUACUCAUCGAAAACAACAACUUGCUACCUGACAAGUUUAGAAAAACAAAUAACUAAAUUCUGGACUAUCGAAGAAGUCGCCGUCGAAAGCCCGAGGUCGGAAGCCGACGUCGCGUGCGAGGCGCAUUUUGUAAAAAACGUUACGCGAGAUGAUAACGGACGAUAUAUAGUACGUUUACCAUUUACCAACGCAAAUAAGAAUCUCGGCGAAUCGCGAAACAGCGCGUACAGUCGUUUAAGGUCGCUAGAGCGUAAAUUCACCAACAACCCGACGCUGAAAGACGAAUAUACUCGAGUAGUAGAAGAGUACAUAAAACUCGGUCACAUGUCUGUAAUAAAGAAAUCCACAAACGAGGGAUAUUAUAUGCCUCAUCACGCGGUCAUGAAAGAAUCGAGUAAUACCACCAAACUUCGAGUAGUAUUCGAUGCAUCGGCCAAGACGAGUAACGGCGUAUCCUUAAACGAUACUCUACUGACAGGCCCCACUAUACAAGACGACUUAUUUACACAUUUAAUACGGUUUCGUUCACAUAGAUAUGCUAUUAUUGGAGAUAUAGAGAAAAUGUAUAGGCAAGUGCUAGUACAUGAAGAAGACAGACAUUAUCAGCAAAUUCUCUGGCGCAUACACGACGAAAUAAAGACGCUUCAACUUAACACCUUAACAUUCGGCGUUUCCUCCGCACCCUUUCUCGCAAUACGGGUCAUACAAAAACUCGCGGAAGACGAAGGGCAUACAUAUCCUAGGGCGGCUCUAAUCCUUAAAAAACACUUAUACGUAGAUAAUUUAUCCACCGGCGCCGAGACCAUAAACGAAGCUAGAGCAAUUAGAGACGAGAUAAUCGCGUUGUUGGCCAAGGGCGGCUUCCUCAUGCGACAGUGGGCAACUAAUGACGAACGGAUUCUUAACGAUCUCCCAACCAGCAUGUUACACACAGAUUUCACGGUAAACUUAGAUCGCUCUCUAAGAAACUUAGGGAUAACUUGGAAUACUCGCGACGACAGAAUAUAUUACUCAAUUCACCCGAUAACAGUUAAUGAGAGGACGACAAAAAGAGGGGUCUUAUCCGAAAUCGCAAAAAUAUUCGACCCAUUAGGUUUGAUAGGUCCGGUCGUCAUGUACGCUAAAAAAUUAAUGCAGGAUCUUUGGCGCGCCAAACUACAAUGGGACGAGUCCCUUCCGCAAGACUUAUAUACCGAGUGGUCGAAAUUUGCGCAACAGAUAGGAUUGCUUAAUCAGUUUUCUUAUGACCGCACAUUAGUGAUAGAAGAUUACACCGAUAUACAGAUACACGGUUUUUGCGACGCCAGUAAUAACGGUUAUGGCGCGAGUCUGUACGUACGUUCGAUCGGCGUCAAUGGAAAAGUAAUUUGCAGAUUGUUAUGUGCCAAAUCGCGAGUCGCUCCAUUAAAAUCAACAACGAUACCACGUUUGGAACUUUGCGGCGCGCUACUAUUGGCGCGACUACUUAGGGAAGUCAAUAACGCGCUAAACAUUGCGACUAAUAAAAUCAUGCUCUGGUGUGACUCGACGAUCGUGCUACAUUGGUUAAAGACUCCUCCCCACUUGCUUAAAACAUUCGUUGCUCAUCGAAUCGCUGAGACACAAACACUUACCAAAUCAAUAGAAUGGCGACAUAUUAAAUCAGAAUUCAACCCUGCCGACGCUAUUUCUAGAGGGCAAUUACCUCAAAUUUUACUUCAAAAUAAAACAUGGUGCACCGGCCCUCAGUGGUUAAGUAGAUCUGAAAAUGAAUGGCCUCGCGCGAUAAUGCAAACGAUAGAGACUCCCGAACUGAAAAGAAACACUUGUCUAAUGAUAACACCCCGCGAUCCCGACAUAUUUAAAAGAUACUCAUCGUAUUCCAAAUUACGCAGGAUUAUCGCGUAUUGUUUCCGGUUUCAUCCUCUCAACAAAUACAAGGGCAAUUUAACAGUCGAAGAAAUCGAAACAGCGGAAGUGAAAAUAUUAAGAAUAAUCCAAUCAUCUCAAUUUUCCGAGGAAAUUAAGGGACUUAAAUCAAAGGGUGUCACUAACAGAAAUAGAAUAGCCAACUUGAACCCAUUUCUGGAUAACGAUGGCCUGAUUCGG